AUUAAAAAUGACAUUCAAGAAAUCGUUGUUGUCAUUGCUAUAGUGUCCGCCAGAGGGUGUUGGUUUCUUUCCCAGCCCCUCUCUCUUCUUUUUUUAUGAAACAGGUGGUUUCAUGUACUUGUGUCAAGCUGUGCCAUCUGUCCUGCUCUCACUUUCUUUCUGUUCCCUUACUGAUAGUAACAGCUAAUGAAAUCACUCCAUUCAUCAGUUUAAGGUCUUUUGUGGGGAUGCCUGUUGCUCUCCAAAGCUUGUGCUUUUUUCUUCUGAUACUUAAAGUCGUUUCCGUGCUCUCUGUAUGCGACGUACGUGUAAGAAUAGUCGAUUUUGGAUGUCACCUUGACUGGGAGUGCCCUGAUGACACGCCAAACACAACUUACACUGUCCAGAGAAAAGAGAAUGGCCAAUGGAAAGAGGUUUCAGACUGCAUCCAGAUCUCCAGACACAGCUGUGAUCUGUCAAACGUCUUCACAAACUUAAACUCUUACAACUUCAUUAGACUGCGCUCAGAAGGGCUUCAAUUCUGGAUGAGUGAAACGCAAUUAUGUGACGCAAUGAAUGACGGUAAUGCCACAUUUAGUCCUCCAUCCAUCAACGUUUCAAUUGAGAAUGGAAGCCUCUGGGUUACGGUAAAUUUUCCUUGUGCUCCAUCCGUAAGCUGCAGGUAUUUGGACGAAGAGAGCGAGGAAGAGGUGGAUAAGCUGUGCCCCUGCCUCGUAUCUGAGUUUAUAGAACUCUCAGUUACAGUUGUGCUAUACAACAAACAUAAACCAUCAAACAAACAGAUACGCUAUGCUGAAGUGAUGGAAACAAAGCAGUUCAGGGAAGAAUUUGGAUUUGUCCUAUCAGGGCAAGUGUACUGCGUUGUCGCCAACUUCACAUCCGAAUUUGAAGCAUCUUCUCUCUCCAGUCCUCCACAGUGUAUUUCUAUACCGGCAAAGAUCGAGACCCUUGCCAUUGUGAUUGUAUGUGCUGUUCUCAUCGUUCUUGGCCUAGUUUUUCUUCUUCUCUGGAGACAGUGUUCAUCUCCUGAACGCCCUCUUCCCAAAUCUUUGGCGUUACUUUAUGACCAGGAAAUUCGUAAUGAGACAUUUAUUGACUCCAGAGAGACCGCAUCAGACCGUCUGAGCUCUGAGAGUGACAGGAUUUCUUUUGUGUCCCUCGCUGUCUUUACACACAUGGACAACCAGUCAUACUACCACAGCUCUCAAAGUCUGGGCAACGGCUAUUACAGAAGCCCAAUCCUGCAUGACCCCGGCUGCACUAAAGAGUCUUCAGGAUGCUUGCAUGUGGAGUCCGGAGCCUGGGAAACAGAUGAAAGCCAUAGUUUUGAACUUCUCCAGACACCCCAUCUGAUUCUUGAAAGAGGGGAAAGAUGUCCUUAUCUGGAUGAGUGUGAUAAAAUCCUCAACAUUCCUCUGAGCUCAGUGCGAGUGAAAUGCCCUGAAGAGACAACAACUGAUGUCCCAGGACAGUAUGAGGACCAGAUGAAAGAGGAGAGCUGGUAUUUGUUUUAAGGCUUGUGUGCCUUUGGAGAAUAUUUGCCCUUGGGAUAACGUGCUUACUUCAAAUACAUCCACUGCAAGUUGCCAAGACAUUGCAUUUGCUUAGUGCAUGAUUUCGACAACCUGCUCCAGUGUUUAUGUUUACAUAAUUAAAUGAAUCUCAAAAUUCGGCCUCUAUUAUUAUUAUAAGUAUUCGUUUAUAACAUAUUUUUCCCUUUGACACUUUACUGUUGAGCUAUACGUAGUCACGUUACGCAUGUUUCUCAUGUAUUUGGUUAAAGCCACCAGCCUAUUUAGCUUUUAUUAUAGCUGCCCUCCGCUAGUUUUGGGGCUACCCCCUAUAGCUCGUGACUCACUCGGCAGAACACUAUAAAUCCUUCCUAGCUUUUACACCCUAUCAACUCAAGUAUUCUUUUUUGGGUAGUUAGGGGUACGGUUUGGCCCCUGUGUGGCUUGAUUCCUUGGUUUUUACUCUCUGACUCAGUUGGCCCAUUUUGACUCUCAUUUUCUCUGGACCGUGUCUCACAGUUAAUCACACCAAGGUGCUCAAUUUUGCUGAUGUUGCUAAACUAACUGCAACCUUUGUGGAAAUGCUCCCAAAAAGCAAGUGUAAUGCUAGGUUCUGGAAAAUUUAGUUUAGCAUGUACGUUAAGUUUCUGUGUGUGUGUGUGUGUGUACAUCCAGAUGACGUUAACCUGUAUCAUCUUUAAAAUGGGUCUUAUUUGUUUUAAUGAAUUUUGUUGUUAUAACUAUAAAUGGAAAUGUGCAAAUGAGUACUGUUUAAAACUGGUAAAUUUGUUUUGUGACUACUUGAUUUUUCCUGAACCCUAAACCGUUUAACGCCUCCAAACUGAUUUCUAAAACACGGUUAUUUCUGCCAUCAUAAUUGACAUGUGACUGUGUUGUAAAUGUCAAGUUUCUUGUUGACCAAACGUAGCAAGGUGGAAAACAAGUCAGCAUAGGUUGUGAUCGGUUUAAUAAACCACAGCCCACAAUUCUGAAAAACAAGCAUAUGUGCACACGUCUAAGUUUUGAAAAAAAAAAUCAAGUUGUACUGCAUAUGACACAAACUAAAAAAAAUUGCCUUCAAAUUAUAAAAGCACAACUAUUGAAUCAUUUUUGUGAAAGAAUAAUAAGAAUAAAUGCCUUUGUAAUUAUAUCAGUGCUUAA